AAGAAGAAAAUGAUCUUCCGCCACCAGAACGUCGACGACCACCGCCACCACCACAUAGCAACGGCGACAACGAAGAUACUGCAGCAAGCAAACAUCAGGACGAGCCAGAAGACAAGGCUUGUUGUCCUUCUGAAUGGCCUAGUGGUCGUGAGGAUGAGGCUUGUUGUUCCUCUGGCCAAGAUCAAGAACUAGAACAAGAAGGUGUACAACAUGUAAAAACUCAAAAUCCUUUGAAUAUGUUGCAGUCUUCUUAUACUAGCAGAACUGCCAUGAAGGUAGCGGUCAGUAAGGCGAGCGUGUACAAAAUUACUGGAGAUGUUGAUACUCCUUCUUCGAGGACGGACCAGAAAACGUCUGCGGCCGCUCCGGAUCAAGGCGAAACACCGAUAAUUGAAGAUACAGCAAAUAAUGAACAGCACGAUGAUGAUGAUGAUGAUGAUGAUGAUGAUCAGCAGGAAGAUGACAUUGACAUGAACAAAGACGAGGAACAAACGAGCAGUGCUAUAGAGCGCCAGCCAUUCACGUUGCUGAACAUCCAAGAAGUAGAACAGUCAAAGAUGAACAAACAGGCGUCUACGACCAGUUGUAGUGCUGCAUCAACAUCCCGCGACGUCGGUUGCACAAUUACUACCUCUACCAGGAGUCUAGGAGUUGUCAACACCAGCGAUCCAAAUCCAUCAGAGCAGCAACUAACAUUGGCGCAACUCCGCUUGGCGUCAUGGCUGUUGCAACGAUACGGGACGGCUGAGUUGGCGAGCGAGGCUGGUUUUAUGUCUCUCUCUUUUCUUCUGAACGAAAUCGGUGACGGCAUAAUCCCGC